UACCAGAUUUUGUCUUCAAGAAGAAUGUAUAAAAUGAUCAAGAAUUUUAGUUUGGGAACUUUCAAAUCAUCAAAUAAUUGGAAUAAUUAUAAAUUAAACAUAAUAAAUUUGCAAAGAAAUUUUUAUUUCUCAAAGAUGUCCGUUGAUAUUCAAGCUUAUCUUUGGCCUACUCCAAAUGGCAAGAAAAUUUAUGUAGUACUUGAAGAACUUAAUAUCCCUUAUGAUGUUCGUUUAAUCAAUAUUGGUAAAAAUGAACAAUUCGCUCCAGAAUUCUUAAAAAUUUCUCCAAAUAAUAAAAUUCCUGCUAUAGUUGAUCAAAAUCCUCCAAAAGAAUUUGGUGAUAGUCCUAUUUCUAUAUUUGAAAGUGCUGCAAUUCUUCAAUAUUUAGCAGAUUAUAAGAAAGGUGAAGGUGCUCCAGAUUUAUAUCCAAAAAAUCCUCGUGAGAGAGUUAAGGUUAAUGAAUGGUUGUAUUGGCAAAUUGCCGGACUUGGACCUAUGAUGGGACAAUCAAAUCAUUUCUCUUCUACAAACAUUGAUUACGCUAAAGAACGUUAUUCGAAAGAAGUUGAUCGAUUACUUGGAGUUAUGAAUAAACGUCUUGGAGAAUACAAUUAUCUUGCUGGUGAUAAUUAUACAAUUGCCGAUAUCGCAUCAUACACUUGGUUAUUAUACAGUGACAAGGUAAAAGCAGAAGAUACACCUUAUCCAAAUAUAAAGGCAUGGUUUGAACGUAUUUCUGAGAGACCAGCUGUUAAGAGAGCAGCUGAAAAAGCAAACUUAUAAAAGUGAUAUCUUGAUAUCACGUGAAUUCAAUACACACAUACAUCAAUAAUAAUCAGCCUCAUAAUAAUAAUCCUAGGAAUAAUUGUAAACGAAAGUUCAAAGCAAGGAUUAGUGUUAUGUUUUAUGAUCAUAAGUCAUAACAAUAAAAUGAAUAAAUAUUAUCAUUUGAAACUUACAAUAAAUAUAAUCA